GUCUUCUGCUCUUGUUUCUUGUUUUGUUUAUCUUUUCUGACCCUCGCAGCAGCGCAUUGUGUCUACUACCAUUCUCUACUCACAAUGAGCGACUCCAACUCAGACGACUCGGACUCAGACUCUGUCCAAGUCACGUUUCCAGCAAAGACCAUCGCCCGUCUCCUCGCAGAAAACUUCACGCGUCCAGAGACCCGGGUCUCCGCCUCAGCCGUCGAGACCGCGGCCGAGUAUCUGCGUAUCUUCACCCGCGAAGCCGUCUGGCGCACAGAAGGUGCACUCAAGGCCGCCGAGGCGCCUGUUUCUGCUAGUAGCGCGCCUUCGUCUCGGGCUAGGAUCAUGGAGGCUUCUGAUCUCGAAAAGAUCGCGGGGACGCUCGUGUUGGACUUUUGAUCCGCGUGCUAGCAGUAUUCUUAAGUUUAUUACAUCGGUUGAUCUUUUCUUUACAGUUUUCUGGUUAUUUUGUACAUUAUGAAUCAAUGGAGUAAAGGCUUUUUAUCUACAAAUACAAUACAAGAGU